AUGUCCCCUCUCAAUUGCCUGGAAGCUACUAGUCUCCAGAUAUGUCAAAGUCCAGGUCAGCAUGCUCGUUUCGAGUGCCAACAGGACUGCCUCACCUUUCCGCCAGGUUCAGUGCCGCCCGGUCCGGACAUGUAUACCGUGCCCGUAUUCAGCGACCGCAACACCGGUGCUGUCAUUGACGAAUCCUUGAGAAACCCUAUUAGUCAAAGCCCAUCUCCCGCACGGCUCUGA